GUUUUGGAGUCCAGCUACUGUAGCAGCAAAAUAGAACGGUAGCAGAGCAGGGCGUCAGUACAACUUUCCGCCAUUUUUUCACCUUUGUUAUAAUUUAAACGAACGAGGUGAAGUCUCUGAUAUUGGCCGAAAGCUCUCGAGGUUUGACAGGCGUUUGAAUGAAGUGAAAGUAUUUGGCGCUAAAUCGAAGAAUGCGGCUAAAUUAGUGUUAUUUGAAGAUUUUGUAAAUGAUUGCAAAAAGAUGGGAAGGCAGUUGAGAUUAAAUUUUUAUCAUUCCAUUGAUGAAAUUACGAAAAUAUUGCUUGUGGGCGAGUCGGAGUUGAAUACAAUAGAUGCCUAUGAUCGGCUUUUGCAUAUUCUAAAGCAGCUGGGAAGCUUUCCAAAGUUAGACUAUCAUACUUGUCAACGCUUGAAAACAAUUAUUGGGUUCAUCCCAUCUGGAAUCUCCUCCAAUGAGGAAGAAGUUGCCAAAUUAGCCUUGAAUUGCAUGAGUCUUUUAGUUCAAAAUACAGGUUUUGUAUCAUCUAUUUCUAAUGAAAUGGCUAUUGAAUCUUUACUUUCUCUCGUGGAACUGAUCAAAACUACAAAAUCAAAUGAAAUGUUCAAAAAAGGGGUUGAGUGCAUCCUUGCUCAAAAAUUUGAACCGUAUAUUAUGUCCUCACAACUCUCUCAUGUUUUGGAAGGCAUUUUACAAGCAGUCAAUAAUACAAGCCUCUCAGUUGCUGAUGUGUUUGAGGCCUUAAACCAGUUUAGUAUUCAGAUGCCAGGGAGAAUGAGAGAGCUAGCCCACUUGUGGGCUGCUGUCAUAUAUGAAAAACUGCUUAGCUCUGAUGAGGCUGAAAGAAGGAUGGCAGAUAGUUACCUUUGGAUAAUGAAAGCAAUUGUCUUACCUCCUACACCACUUCUUGCCAAGGUCGUCGCAGAAAGUGUGCAAAACAAAUUACUUCUGUGUAUCCAGAGAAUGAUACAAGUUCAAAGCAGUAAGGUUCCAGCUAUAAAUGCCUGGGGAUGGUUUAUCUGGCUGCUUGGAGGUCGUGUACUGCAGAAUAGACCACUUGUGAAUAGCAUGUUGAAAAUACUAGAACAGACUUUCCUUGAUACAGACAUUGAUGUACGAAUUGCAUCUCAGGUUGCAUGGAAAUCCAUGGUUGACAUUUUACUGCCAACUUCUUCUGUGAAUGUAAUGGACCAAGAUUUCUAUAGUGGCAGUCAAGAACCAUUUGUUCAACUGACAUCAAAGCGUAUGAAACUCCUGAUCACACCACUGGUUGGCACAAUGACUGUUGAAAAAUCUGCAAAAUCUCGGAAUUCAUGCUGGAUGAUAUGUAUUUAUAUUUUACAAAAGCUUGCUAGCUCUGUCAACAAAAUAUCUGUUAUGCAGCAUAUUAUAGUUCCAAUAUUUGAGUCUAUCUUUAAAUCUGGGCGAAAUAAUUGGAACCUCUGGGUUUGGGAUUCUUGUGCCAGUCUUUUUGAGGAGUUCAUCUCUCUCAAGGUUAAUGAAAAAGCACAGGCAUCAGCUCUUCCUAUCGAUGGGCCUCCAAUUAAAUGGUCACCGUGGAUGCUUUGCCACAUGGAGUAUUUGCUGAAAAUCUUUGAGAUCCUGUGGAAUUCUUAUUCUAGGGAUGUUACAGGUACUGAGAACAAGAAGAUAUGCUUGAAAUUUGUCAUGCGGAUAUGGCAAUUGUUGCUGGAAGGAUUGGAUAUGGAGGUAAAAGAUGCAGCUGAACCCUCAAGUGAGCUUCGGGCUGCUGUUCACUUACUUCUACAAUUUGUAAAUAGCAUUGUUGAUGAUGUUGCAUUAUUGUUUAUAUCAAACCAUGACAGGGAUUUGGUGUUUUCUCUCUGGUCAAUGUUUGAGUAUAUGGCUCUUAAAGUCAAACCUUUAGUCUUGUUAUCUUCAUUUUACAAACUUUCUGUAAAUACAAGGAUUGAAAAUGGAAAGGUUGCAUCCAAUGUGGUAGCACAAAGUGCUUCUGGACUUGUAGGAGACAAUCUAUCUUGUAAAGACACUGUACAAUUUGAAGAGAUGGUGACUCCUAUUGCAUAUGCUUCUACUAUUUGGCUAAGAUUUAUAACCAGUUUAGGCUUGCAUAGAAGAAAGAAUUCAGAAGUGCUGAAUCUGAAGGUUGAUGAUUAUUGGUUACUCUGUGUAUGGAGGGCAUUUGCAGAACAUCGUCUUGUGUUACAGGCAGAAAGUGUGUCUGAGAGUUUGUGUGGCAGCAGAUAUAAAUCCAGAGAUCAAUUUCUGCUAUGUUUGUUAAUUUUUCCAUGUCUGGUGUCUUCCAUUUCAAAUGCUAAGGAGAUAAUAGAUAAGACUAAAGAUACAAUCUUUUCUAAUGCUGUUUCCAGUUCAGGAGAUGUGUGGUUUUUGACUGAGGAUUUCAGCAAGAUUUGUGAUCCUAGAACCAUCCAUUUAUUCUUCAUGAUUUCAGGCCAAUCUCAGCAAUAUAUGAUAACGAGCAGUAAUCACGAAUAUCCUGUCCAAAUGACCAAUCUCAAUGUUUCUGAAUGUUCUUUAUUAAUGAGCAUUCGUUGCCACUUUGCAACAAUAUAUGGAAGAUUUGUUGUAUGUUUAGUCCAGGAAAUGUUGUCAUUUAUAAACAGAAAUGAUAUCUUUGCUCCUUCUCAGCCAGAUAGUAUAGCAGGCACACUCUCAGUUGCUUCCAGAUUUUUGAUCUUAAUGUAUGAAGCUCGGAAGAUCGAUACAAAAAGCUCUAAUGCCAUUAAUAGGGUUUUUGAAGCAUUAGGUUCCCUUUCAAAAUCUCUGCGAACUCAGCAUGACAUUCUCUCAUUUGUUCAGACACUUUCGGAACCCUUAGCAAAGUGGCUAUGCACUUGUUCGGAUCCUGAAAACCAUUCUACAAGAAACCAUAUGAUUGAGGAGCUGGAGGAAAUUUCAAGUUUCAAGCCAACAGAAAACAGUCGCAUGGCAUGUGAGAAUGUUGUAAAGUCUGAUGACCUUGAUGGCAGUACCAAGUUUAUUGGUGCAAAUGGUUGUGAGGAUCGAAGAAUUUUGGCUCUUGUUUCCAGGUAUUUUAUAUUAGCAUGGGAAGCUCAGCACGGCAUUUCAAAGAUACAUGUAGAAUCAGUUUCCAGGGUCUGUGAGGGAUUGAUUUGCUUUUCCAGAUACCUCAAGACACAACAUUAUACAUUACAAUUUAUGCAGGCCCUCUCAAAGCCUUUAGUCAAGUGGUUUAGUGGUUGUGUGCAUUCGGCGAUGUCAGAUGAUACAGGCCAAAGAAUGCUUCUAGUAAAGAUUUGGCAUCAACUAUUGGUAUCUCUACAGAAUUGCCACCCACCAAUAUCAUUUGACUCAGAUCUUCUAAACCUUCAGGCACCCUUAUUAGCAUCAGCUUUUCAAUGCCCUUUUAAACCAAUUGCAGAGCAAACUCUCUUGUUCUGGGAGAAAACAUAUGGAAUUAGGACCUCAAUAUUAUCUUACCCAUCUUGCUUGGUUCCAGUUCUUCGUGAUUUACAACAUAAGGUAAAAAUUGCAUUGCCUGGUUUUCUUCAUACAUAUUUUUCCCGACGAUGUUUGAAGCAUCAGAUAAAGCAUCAGGUACAAGAAUGCUGUGCAACUGGAAAUGGUGAACUCUUUUCAGAUGCUGCUGAUGGACAUAAUAAAGAAGAUCAUGCAAAUAUAGUGACCAUUGGAGUGCAGGCUGAAAUUUGUUUGGAAAAAAAUGAAGCCAAGUUAGUUUCUAAUUUAAAAACAUCUGCUUCAAAUGAAAAUGUGACAGAAGUUAGAAGGAAACGUGGAAGACCAAGGAAACAUAAAACUAAUGUAAUAGAAACUAAUGUUUGUAAUAAUGUAAGUAAGAAAACCGCUGGAGAGCAAUAUGACUCAGAUCUUGUUGGAAAAAUAGCUGUGGAGCAUAUUGGAAUUAACAUGCACACUAAUGAAGGAGAUAUUGAGCUCAAUGGAAAACUGAGCACUGCUGAAGAAAAGGUUGAAGUUACUAAAGUGAAAGCUAGGGGAAGGCCGAAGCAUAAGUUAGGAAAGUAUAAGUCAGUUGUGACUGGGAAGAAAACUGUUGGUAGAAAAGGGAAUGCAAGAUCAUUGACAGACUCAGUUAAGUGUGACCAGCAAUCUGAAUGCAAUAGAGAUGAUAUUACAGGAGAUCGCGUCUUCAACUGUAAAAGAGUCAUUUCAAAGGAAUUAAUUGAAAAAGCUAAAGUAAACCUUAAGCAAGGAAGAACAAUAAAGUCAGAGCGAUUACAAUUAAAACUUCUAAAGUCUGACUUAAAGACACUUGGAAUACGUCAUUUGCGAUCCUUGCGAAAUGCUGGGGGUUUAAGAGGUGGCAAGGACUGGAGGAAUGCUCAUGAAAUGGCAAAACGGCUGCCAAAAAUAUGCAGGCGGCAAAUCCAGCAAUUGAAUAUGGUUAAAAGUAAUGAUUUUAACAGUGUGACAGAUACACAUACUAAUAUGCGGGUUUCAGGUGCAAAUUUCUUGAAUAUGGGAAAGCUAGAUCAUGAGCUUAAAACAAAUAAAGAGGAAGUGCAGCCUUUUAGUCCUAAAAAGUUCUCUCCAUUGAUAUGCUCAGAACCUGAUACCUUCGAUAAGGCAUGCCAAACUUCCAAACAGUCCGCUACAGAAUCACCCUUUAAGGUCCGAGCUUUGGGUGGUCGAACAUGGUCAGGAGGACAAAAUUUGUCAAAAUUGUUAGAAGAUUCUUACCUCCCUGUUCCUUUCACAUGCAAUGCAUAUAGUAUGUCAUCAAGUGAAAAGAAUUCAGACAGUGUGAGCAGAAAAAACUGGCGAAAGAGUGGCACACCUAAAAGGAUUCCUUCAAAUUUGAUUUGCGAGGAUAAAGAAGAUAUUUUCUAUGAAAAUAACAUAUUAUCUCAAGUGAAAGCUGCAACAGAUGAAGAAAUAAAUUUUACAGGGAAACGAUUGAGGGAUGCAGGACAUAAGUUGUUUACUUCUAAAGACUGGGAAACAUCAGAUGUUGCUAAUCCAUUUAAGAAAUUGAAACAUGAAGAUAGUAAGGGCUUUGUGAAAAGGCAGAAUGCAAAAUUUAAAUCCAAAGAUGGUGUAAAUCCUUGCCAUGCAACACAAGGGUGUCAAGAUGACAUGGCCAGUUCGGCAGGUUUUGACUUACAAGUGCCGACCCUGAUUCAUCAAUGUAAGUCGGGAAGAAAAAGUAAUUUGGAGAGGCAGCAGGAAGCAUCAAUAUUUGAUAUCAAUAGACAUAGGCCAGAGAGUAAUCCAGAGGAAUUGGAGGCUAGAAAUGAAGAUUCAUGUGAGGCACAUUCUGAAGCCACAGAUCGAUGCACAGAGACAGAUGGAUUAGAUAAAAUAGAUCAUAGAAGGAUCGUUCAAGUGUAUAAUCUUGAUUCUCAGUCUGUUGAAGAAGAUCAACAACUUAAAAGGAAAACCCAGCAACCUGAGUUGAAUGCUUCAUCUGCUACUUCCCAUGAGGUUUGUGUUGAGGCAUUGAUAGUUAAUCCUCUUGAACAUGCUUGCACAACUAAUGGUGAAACCCAUAACUUCUCAAAGAAAGGUCUAGCUUUGUUAGAAGAAAUGGGAAGUGAGUGGAAUAUAUGUGACAUACUUUCUGAACUAUCCCGCUCGUCUAAGUUGGAAGGUUUGGGGAGACAAGAUCUAAUACAUACAGAGAUGCUUCUGCUAGGUCUUACACAGACGAUUGCAAAAAGGAAGAAAUUGCUUUUGGAAAGAAGAUGGUAAUGUGGAUAUAAGCUAUCCGCAACUUGUAAAAUUAUCCUAAAAAGCUGCAUGUUUUGGACAAGUGGGAUUGGGAGUUUAAACUAAACUUUAGAUCCACAUAUGCCAUGGGACAGCGAGUAUUGCUUGCAAUAAUCAAUUUGUGACCAAGAUUUUCAUCUUCCGAGAGCUCCAAAUAACUUACGGCAGGUUCUACUUCAAACCUUUAUGAGGGCGCUAAUAUCAUAUUAGCAGGCUUCUGUUAUGGCUUUGAAUACUGUAAUUAUAAGAAACCUCGGCCAUCACUGUAGUCAAUAUCGGAUCUUCCCAAUUGCACUUGACUGUCUAUUUAAUCCCUUCAUUCUAAAUGAGUUGUCAUGCAUGGCCCAACAAAGUUUUAAAAUGUCUAUAUGGAACAGCUGCAUUUCUGUCCCAACCCUCAAUAUGCAAAGCGUAUUUGGGUACGUAGAUCAUAUAUGACAUGUAAUGCAUAAGCAAAUAGUUGUAAACAGUACAGGAGGCAAUGGUAAGGUAUACAAGGCAAUGGUAAGUUGCUUAUUAUGUAAGCACCUAAGAUACAUGCACAUUGGACAUUUGAAGCUUUGUUUUGGCUAAUAUUCUUUAAAGCAUGCAAGGAGUAAGGCACAUGCCCAUACAUGCAUAUGCACACACAUUAGUUCAAUCAGCUUUCAUAAAUUUCUGGAUCAGUUGUCCAUACUUCUAGGAAUGAUAUUACAUUGUUAAUCUGGGUCAUUUUGUACACUCCUAGAUGAUAAGGUGCUUAUUGUGUAUCACUUCAGGGAUUUGCCUAUUUUACUCUUGAAGCGAUGCUUCAAGAGAGUAUUUUUGUUUAGUAUCACAGGGCUUCAUGUGCAUCUCUGCCCAUCGAUAUGUGCACCCAGAGGCAUAUGAGCAGUUUAUAAGAGCUUUUAAAAGAUAAUCUUAUUCAAUUCUCCAUAUUUUUCAAAGAAUGAAUUUACCCUUGUGCGGUUAAGUAAGCUUUCAAAAGAAGGCUUGGAUUAA